AGAUAAAAAACAGAGAUGGAAAGGAAUUCCUGACAUCGUCGUCCUGGUCUCUCUUUCCUUCACCGCCUUCUUCUCAGCUCCGGUUCUCUCUGAUCUCUUUCUAGGGUUUUUUCUCCUGCGAAAACCCUGAUCUCUCUGCUCUCUCGAUCCCCUCGAAUCGGAAUCGUUACCAUCUUGUGGGCUUCCAUCAUAAUCUUGAAGACAGUUUCAGGAGAGCAUAAAGCAUUAUUCUAAAAUAUGGAACGCAAGACAAUUGACUUGGAGCAAGGAUGGGACUACAUGCAGACUGGUAUCACCAAGCUGAAAAGGAUUCUGGAAGGACUGCCAGAGCCAGCUUUUGACUCUGAGCAAUAUAUGAUGCUUUAUACGACUAUUUACAAUAUGUGUACCCAGAAGCCGCCUCAUGAUUAUUCACAGCAGCUAUAUGACAAGUAUCGUGAAGCUUUUGAGGAAUAUAUAAAUUCAACGGUUUUGCCUGCUCUGAGGGAGAAGCAUGACGAAUAUAUGCUGAGAGAGCUUGUUAAGAGAUGGUCUAACCAUAAAGUGAUGGUUAGAUGGCUAUCCCGCUUCUUCCACUACCUUGAUCGUUACUUCAUUGCUCGGAGGUCGCUUCCACCAUUGAAUGAAGUUGGCCUAACAUGCUUCCGUGACCUGGUUUAUAACGAGCUGCAUUCCAAGGUCAAAGAUGCUGUGAUAGCACUUAUUGACAAAGAACGUGAGGGGGAGCAGAUUGACAGGGCAUUGUUGAAAAACGUGUUGGAUAUCUAUGUUGAAAUAGGAAUGGGGCAGAUGGAUAGAUAUGAAGAAGAUUUCGAAACCUACAUGCUUCAAGAUACUGCUUCUUACUAUUCUCGUAAAGCAUCAAGCUGGAUUCAGGAGGAUUCUUGCCCUGAUUACAUGCUAAAGUCUGAGGAAUGUUUAAAGAAGGAGAGGGAGAGAGUCUCGCAUUAUCUUCAUUCAAGUAGUGAGCCUAAAUUGGUUGAGAAAGUGCAACAAGAAUUAUUGGUGGUGUUUGCAACACAGCUUCUAGAAAAAGAGCAUUCAGGGUGCCGUGCAUUGCUAAGAGAUGACAAGGUGGACGAUCUAUCCAGGAUGUACAGGCUUUACCAUAAAAUUCCGCGAGGAUUGGAACCUGUUGCUAAUAUCUUUAAGCAGCAUGUCACUGCAGAGGGCAAUGCACUUGUCCAACAUGCCGAGGAUGCAGCUACUAAUCAGGCUGCAAGUACUGCUGGUGUGCAGGAACAGGUUCUUAUCAGAAAAGUGAUUGAACUACAUGAUAAAUACAUGGUCUAUGUCACUGAAUGUUUCCAGAACCAUACCCUCUUCCAUAAGGCUUUGAAAGAGGCAUUUGAGAUUUUCUGUAACAAAACAGUUGCUGGAAGUUCCAGUGCAGAAUUACUUGCAACAUUUUGUGAUAAUAUCCUCAAGAAGGGAGGAAGUGAGAAGCUAAGUGAUGAAGCCAUUGAAGAUACACUUGAGAAGGUGGUCAAGUUGCUUGCUUAUAUAAGUGACAAAGAUCUUUUUGCGGAGUUUUAUAGGAAAAAGCUUGCCCGCCGGCUCUUAUUUGAUCGCAGUGCUAAUGAUGAUCAUGAGAGAAGUAUUCUUACAAAGCUCAAGCAACAGUGUGGUGGGCAGUUUACCUCUAAGAUGGAAGGCAUGGUGACGGAUCUGACAUUGGCAAGAGAAAAUCAGAACAACUUUGAGGAGUAUCUAGCCAACAACCCUGCUGCAAACCCGGGGAUUGAUUUGACAGUCACUGUCCUUACUACUGGUUUUUGGCCAAGUUACAAAUCAUUUGACAUAAAUCUUCCCAGCGAAAUGGUCAAGUGUGUAGAAGUUUUUAAGGGUUUCUAUGAAACAAAAACAAAACACAGGAAGCUUACUUGGAUUUAUUCACUGGGAACUUGUCAUAUUAAUGGGAAAUUUGAUCAGAAGCCCAUCGAGUUGAUCGUGUCCACCUACCAGGCUGCUGUGCUUUUGCUGUUCAACUCAUCGGACAGAUUGAGCUAUACUGAGAUCAUGAAUCAACUGAACUUGAGCCAUGAAGAUCUGGUCAGAUUGCUGCAUUCCUUAUCAUGUGCUAAGUACAAAAUCCUAACCAAGGAGCCAAGCAUCAAAACUGUUUCCCAGACAGAUGUCUUUGAAUUUAAUUCCAAAUUCACUGACAGAAUGAGGAGGAUAAAGAUCCCUCUUCCUCCAGUGGAUGAACGGAAGAAAGUUGUUGAAGAUGUUGACAAAGACAGACGCUAUGCAAUUGAUGCUGCCAUUGUCCGGAUCAUGAAGAGUAGGAAGGUAUUGGGACACCAACAGCUGGUUUCUGAAUGUGUUGAGCAGCUGAGCCGAAUGUUCAAGCCCGAUAUCAAGGCAAUCAAGAAGCGGAUGGAGGAUUUGAUAACCCGAGACUAUUUGGAGAGGGACAAGGAGAACCCGAACAUGUUUAGGUACUUGGCUUAGACAAAUAUACAACAACGGCUUUGACGGAGACGGGUAUGUGAUUUGGGCAGCAGUUGAAGCUUUUGGGGGCGAGGAAUAUCCGUCUGUAUAUUCUUAUAAAGAAAUAACUCGAAAUUAUCUUUGUGCCUUUUUUUGUCUGGGUUUGGGUCUUGAGGGCCUCUGCUUGUUUCUGUAACAUCCCCCCCUAAGCUUUAGACAGUUUCAAUUCGGUACGAGGAUGAAAAAGGAGUGAAAUGUUUCAAGAUUAUUGUCGUGUUACUGUUGUUUAUU